CUCGCCCACUCUCAGUUAGGGAGGUCUGCGGCUGCGCCUCUGAAAGCGCAGCCGGUCUUAUCGUGUAGUACUUCUUCCUGCUCCUUGCUGCCUUAGUGGCCUCGUGGGAUUCCUUGCAACGCCAGCAGCAUGUCUCAGGCUGAGUUUGACAAAGCUGCUGAGGAUGUUAAGAACCUCAAGACCAAACCAGCAGAUGAUGAGAUGCUGUUCAUCUACGGCCACUACAAGCAAGCAACUGUGGGUGACAUAAAUACAGAGCGGCCUGGGCUGUUGGACCUCAGAGGCAAGGCCAAGUGGGAUGCCUGGAACUCACUGAAAGGAACUGCCAAGGAAGAUGCCAUGAAAGCUUACAUCAACAAAGUAGAAGACCUAAAGAAAAAAUAUGGAAUAUAAGGGACUAGAUUAAACUGCCAGCCACACAACUUAUCUGAACUGAUAUAAUGCCUUGUUUUUCUAAUACUAUGGAUGAAAUGAAAUAAUGAAAAUAACCAGUUAGCCCAGUUCUUCAAGACUGUCCAGGAUAUAGCUCUAACACAUUAGGGGCUGAAGUAGCUACUGCUCUUUGCUGAGUAGUUCUAUCUGUAGGUAAUUAAAAGUGCAUUUGUUACUUAAA